GUAAAUGCUAACGGAAUGAAUCGAUUGGUUUUGUGUAUUGUUGGGGUGAUCGCCUGCAUCGCCGCCUGCCAGGCACUCCCUGAACCGGACAGACUCGGCGGACGUAUUGUGAAUGGCGAGCCGACCACAAUUGAGGCUUAUCCCUAUCAGGUGUCCAUUCAGCGGACCAACGGCUUCCACUUCUGCGGCGGCAGUUUGAUCAAAGAUAACAUUGUCCUGACGGCCGCCCAUUGCAUGCAGAAAUACAAGGCUGGCGAGAUGCAGGUGCGUCUGGGCUCCACCAACAGCGACAAGGAUGGCGAAGUGGUCAGCGUUGAGUCGUUCAAAUUCCACGAGGACUACGACAGCUCACUCAUGAUCAAUGAUGUUGCCUUGAUUAAGCUAAGCUCGCCAGUGCGAAUGACAGCGAAGGUUCGCACCAUCGACUUGGCCAAGGAUACACCAAAGACGGGCACUCCGGCUGUUGUCACCGGCUGGGGCACCACCUGUUUCUUGUUCUGCUCAUCGCCCAAAAUACUGCAGAUGGUCGAUGUUUCGGUGUUGCAAAUUGAGGAUUGUCGCAAGGAACCUUAUGCCUAUGGCGAGGAAUCAAUAUUGGAGACAAUGGUCUGCGCUAAUGGCGAGAAGAAGGAUGCCUGCCAGGGUGACUCUGGCGGCCCACUUGUUGCCAACGGUGUGCAGAUCGGUGUUGUCUCCUGGGGCAAUGGCUGCGCCUGGUCCAGUUAUCCUGGUGUAUACGCUGAUGUUGCUUCUCUACGUUCCUGGAUUGAGAAAAACUCCGCCGAGCUGUAAAUCAACCAAAAUAAAAACCUGAAAUAUUUUUUAUCGA